AAUGGUGAUCUAAUUAAGCUUUAUUCUUUCUCAAAAAAAAAAUGGUGAUCUAAUUACCCCUUAUUUUAUUGUUGUUUUUUUGAAACAGAUUUUAUUGUUGUUUGUUUAAAAGUUUAUUUUCCAAACUAAUUUUAGUCAAAAAGUAAAGAAGUAAAAGAAGAUUUUUAAUUUAAAGGCAAACAUAAAUAAAAGAAAGGAAAAAGAGGUAAAAUUGAUAUCAUUCCUCAAAAGGCUCAAAGCCUUCCUUCUUCUCCUACAGCGACACCCACAGCCGGAGGUGGAUCUGUGAGGCUCGUAUUUCAUUUGGGGUUUGUUUCGAAUUCCAAACUGUUGUGAGAAAUGGGAGCAGAAAGCACCUCCGGCAGCGGUGGUCUUCAUAGCACCAAAAAUUGUGUCGACACCGAAGUGGUUUUGAAUAUCUACGAUCUUACACCUGUUAACAGUUACACCUAUUGGUUCGGUUUUGGAAUUUUCCACUCGGGUAUUCAAGUCCAUGGUAAGGAGUAUGGUUUUGGAGCCCAUGACUACCCAGCUAGUGGAGUUUUUGAAGUGGAACCAAGGAGCUGUCCAGGUUUUAUAUACCGAAAUUCUCUCUCCCUGGGUUACACAAACCUUCAAAUCUCUGAAUUCCGGACAUUUAUUGAGGGUGUUGCUUCAGAGUAUCAUGGGGAUACCUAUCAUCUCAUCUCCAAGAACUGCAACCAUUUCACAGAUGACAUUUCAUGUAGGUUGACAGGAAAAAGGAUCCCAGGCUGGGUGAAUCGGCUUGCUCGGCUAGGUGCUUUAUGUAGUUGCCUGCUGCCUGAAAGCCUUCAAGUAACUACAGUUAAACAGUUGCCAGAAUACCACGAAAUGUCUGAAGAUGAUGGUAGUGAGUCUCCAUCAAGUACCACCCGUGAGUCAACAGAAAUCGAUGAUGAUCAAGAGAAGCGCCUGCUAUCACCUCUGGAGGGAACUGGGGAUGUGUCUUUUGUUAAAGAGGGUCACAGGUGAAAUAUAAUGUUGUUCUGGAAGUUUGUAUCGAAAAUGACAAACUAUCCCGAAAUGCAAUACCCCUUUAGGUCCUUUGAUGCCUUUGUUUAGGGUAAUGGCUACUGCAUGGAUGAAAUUGUGCUUGCCCCCAUUUUAGAAAGUAACCCUUCUCUAUGAAUUUGUAUUUGUUACCAGCGUGCAAAAUUGUUUGAUCUGUUGUAAUUUUGUUUUGUUUCCUUUUCACUUUUACUGGGAAAAAAAAUCUCAAGGCAUCCAUGUUUUUCCAGCACAUGCCCCCCUUUUUUUUUACCAAGAAAAUUAUGGACUAGAUUGUAUCAUUGAUUGUUGUUGAGGUUCUUGUAUGUGGAAAUUAUCGAAAGUGCAAAUGAAAUAUUCAUGUGUUCUCAUUCUUUGAAA